UAAUUUCAAAUGAAUUUUCUCUCUCCUCAAACUCCAAACCGCAGCUGCUCUUCCUCUCUGUCCUCUUUCUCCUCCUCCUCCCGCCCCUCGGGUUCUGAUUUCCUCCUCCUCUUAAAAUCCUCCAACAAAACCCCCAUUUUUCUAGUUUCAGCACCACCUCUAGUCGGUGGCGCCUCCGCCAUUGUGGAUUUUCAAUUUGGGGGACUUCCAACCACCUCUCCUUCGCUGCCGCUGAUAUUCUCGGUGUUGACGACAGUGUGUAUGACUGACUGACUGACUGACAAGACUAAAUGGCAUUGUGGUUUUUUUCUUGGUGAUAUGGAAGUUAUCACAUGUUCUUCCCUCCAUUAUGCCGAAAACUCUGGUCACUCUCAAGAGAAAUCGGUUAUGGAAAACGUACAAGAUGCAGAAUCAAAUAGUGCUCAGCAUGGCGAGCACAUCCCUCUAGAAGAAAAAAAGGACAAUUUUCUGCCAAGUUUUAAAGUGGCCAUAGACAUGAUGCAAUGUGAUGGUCAAGACCCAGAUGGAGAAGCUCUUACGCUAGAAGAGAGCUCUGACGGGUCUUCACACCGUGGUUCUGAUUUGAACGGACAAAAGUUGUCUGGGGCUGUUCUCGAUCGUGAUGAUGAUAACCUAGAGGAACAGGUCCAACUUAAAGAAGCUUACCUUGACUUUCAGAACUCUCAUGUGGAUGUAAACACAAUUGACAGUGAGCCACUUUCAGAAAAUAAAGAAGAAGAGUCGUUGAUCUCAGCAUCCAAGUGGCCCGAGCAAGAUGAAUCUCUGGCAUUAUGGGUCAAGUGGAGAGGGAAGUGGCAAGCAGGAAUCAAAUGCGAGAGGGCUGACUGGCCAUUAGCAACUGUGAAAGCAAAGCCAACUCAUGACAGGAAGAGUUAUAUUGUGAUAUUCUUUCCACACAAAAAGAACUAUUCUUGGGCGGAUACACUGCUUGUUUGUGCAAUUGAUGAACUUCCGCAGCCUAUAGUACACCGGUCACAUAAAGUUGGCGUUCAAAUGGUUGAAGACUUGACUGCUGCACGCCGCUUUAUCAUGAAAAAGCUAGUAAUUGACAUAAUGAGUAUUGUUGACCAGCUUCCUGUCCAGGUGUUGGUCGAAACUGCUCGUGAUUUAGUUGUAUGGAGAGAAUUUGCCGCAGAGGCUUCUCGCUGCAAAACUUAUCCUGAUCUUGGAAGAUUGCUCAUAAAGCUUCAGAAAAUGAUAUUCCUGCAGUACAUCGAUGCUAACUGGCUGCAACAUUCUUUACAAUUGUGGGUGGAGAAAUGCCAGAAUGCUGUUAGUGCUGAUUCCGUUGAACUUCUGAAGGAGGAAUUAAGGAAUUCUAUUUUGUGGAGUGAUAUCAACAAUCUCCGAGAUACCCAAGGACAGCCUGCAUUAGGUUGUGAGUGGAAGAUGUGGAAGCAGGAAGUCAUGAAAAGUUUCUCAAUGACACAGUCUGUGUCGGGUGCUGGAGGCAUAGAACAGCCAAGGCAAAAUGGCAUAGAAGAUUAUAGUGUUAGUCCGUUGAUGACAAGUCUUCAAAUUAGCCGGAAGAGACCUAAGCUUGAAGUUCGUCGUGCAGAGCCACAUAACUCAGUUGGUGAAACUAAGAGUUGUCAGGAAAAUACCGUCCCUGAGAUUGACUCGGCAUUUUUCUCUGGUCAGAGAACUAUGACUCCUGAUGAUGCACUUGUGCAUUCUAAAGAGGGACUUUUAGGCCAGAAAAUUGCACAAGCCACCUCGCCAAGCAAUGCUAUGGUUAUAUGGGAUGGGGACCAUGGAGUUGUGGUUGAUACUAAUGCAGAGUCUAGCCAGAAAGAAGAUAAUAAACUGCAACCUGUUAAUGGAGUGGUCGAGACUAAAUACACAGCUUCUAAAUUCAAGAAUCGGCAAUGCAGUGCUUUUAUUGAGGCCAAGGGAAGGCGUUGUGUUAGGUGGGCCAAUGAUGGCGAUGAUUACUGCUGUGUUCAUGUGAUGUCUCGUUUUGCAGCACCAUCUGUUAAAAUAGAGGCCAGUUCACCAGCUGAAUCAUCUAUGUGUCAAGGAACUACCACUCAAGGUACUAGGUGCAAACAUCGCUCUCUCCCAGGCACCUCAUUUUGUAAAAAACACCGCCCCCAUGGUGAUGGAACAAUCCCCCCAAAUUCACCUGGAAGCCAGUUGAAAAGAAAACAUGAUGAGCUGCUAGACAAGUCCGAGCACACAUCUAAGGAAAUUAUUAUUGGUGCAGAAGUAGAAAGACCUCUUGAAGGGAAUUUGACGACACUUAUGGAGGGAAAUACGUCUAAUGGAGGAGAAAAUGAACUGACAAUGCCUGAACAACUUGCUGAGGAUUCUAACAGUAAGAAUAUAGAGAUAACUCACUGCGUCGGAUUGGGCGUGCAUGAGGGCUAUUCUUAUUGUAAAGAAAGUCCUAAGCGGCAUUCAUUAUACUGUGAGAAACAUGUACCAGGCUGGCUAAAACGUGCUAGAAAUGGUAAGAGUAGGAUAAUCUCAAAAGAAGUAUUUGUAGAUCUUCUGAGGACAUGUUCUUUCCAGAAGCAAAAAACUGAUUUGCAUCAGGCAUGUGAGCUUUUUUACAAGCUUCUUAAAAGCAUAUUAUCUGUGAGAAACCAAGUUCCCAAAGACAUCCAAUUUCAAUGGGCGUUGUCUGAAGCUUCUAAAGAUUUAAAUAUUGCCGAAAUUUUAAUGAAGUUAGUUUCCAGAGAAAAAGAGAGGCUGACAAGGAUAUGGGGCUUUGAUCUAGACAAGGAUGCACAUAUUUCCUGCAUUCCUGCAGAGGAACAAGCUCUGGUGCUUGUAGAAAAGGAGGCUUAUGAUGACGGAAGUUUCAAAUGUAAAAUCUGCUUGGAAGAAUUUUCUGAUGGCCAAACACUGGGGACACACUGGAUAGAUAGUCACAAUAAGGAAGCACAGUGGCUUUUCAGGGGCUAUGCUUGUGCAAUAUGUCUUGAUUCUUUCACUAACAGGAAGGUUCUUGAGACACAUGUACAGGAGAGACACCAUGCACAGUUUGUUGAGCACUGCAUGCUUAUUCAAUGUAUUCCUUGUGGAAGCCAUUUUGGUAAUUCCGAUGAGCUAUGGUCACAUGUUCUUUUAGCUCACACAGAAGGUUUUAGACAGUCAAAAAGAGGGGAUAAUGGUCACCAAUUGGUGGAUUCCCAUCAGAAACCUAUUCCCUUGAAACCUGCCUCUGUUGAUUAUUUUGAGAGUCAGAGCAGUAUUCGGAAGUAUAUUUGUAGAUUAUGUGGGUUAAAGUUUGAUCUACUGCCUGAUUUAGGUCGCCAUCAUCAAGCAGCUCAUAUGGGGCCAGGUUUGGUAAGCUCUCAUACAAAAAAGAAAGGUCUCCGCUUUUAUGCUUAUAGACUAAAGUCAGGAAGACUAAGCCGUCCCAGAUUCCAAAAGGGUCUUGGUGGAGCAUAUAGACUCAGAAAUAAGGGUAGUAUAGUUUUGAAGAAACGAUUACAACCUGUUAAUCCUAUUCGCGCUGCAAGAAUAAAUGUGCAGUCUCAUGUAAUGGAUACUGCCGGGCUUGUUAGACUUAACGAGGCUCAGUGCUCAGCAAUUGCACAAAUGUUGUCUUCUGAAGCUCAGAAAACAAGAGCACGCCCCAGUAAUAAUGAAAUCUUAUCUGUUGCUCGUUCUGCUUGCUGCAAGGUGAGUGUUCAGAGGUCUCUGGAGCAGAAAUAUGGAGAGUUGCCUGAACGUUUAUACUUAAAAGCUGCUAAACUUUGCAGUGAACAUAAUACUCCAGUAGAUUGGCAUCAGAAGGGGUUUAAUUGCUCUAAAGGAUGUAUACCACAGGAAGAUCAUAAUUUUGGGUCUGUUUUGUCGUGUCCUAUUAAUGAACGUGUAAGACUGAAUUCACCUUCUCCAGAUCCACAACAGGAGGAGUGUGAAAUGGAUGAGUGUUACUUUGUCAUAAACCCACAAUAUUUUAGGUGGAGACACUUGCAGACAACCAUCAUCUUGUGCGAUGAUAUAAGUUUCGGACAAGAAAGGGUACCAAUUCCUUGUGUUGUAGACAAAAAUCUGAUAGAUUCGCUUCAUAAUCCAGCAUAUGGCUUUGAUGGGCAAGUUACUUUCAUGCCAUGGGAGAGCUUUACAUAUGCAACUAAGCCACUGUUAAAUAAGUCCCUUGAUGUCAAUAUGCAGUUAGGGUGUGGCUGUUCACAAUCAAUUUGCUGUCCUGAGACAUGCGAUCACGUUUACCUGUUCAACAAUGACUUUGACCAUGCAAAGGAUUUAGAUGGAAAGCUCAUGGGAAGAAAGUUCCCUUAUGAUGAUACGGGUCGAUUAGUUCUUGAGGAAAAUUAUCUCAUCUAUGAAUGCAGUCACUUGUGUAAGUGUAGUAGCAAAUGCCCAAAUAGGGUUUUGCAGAAUGGGGUUAGAGUAAAAAUGGAAGUAUUCAAAACAUUGAAAAAGGGUUGGGCUGUCCGAGCCUGUGAAAAUAUUCUGCGCGGCACAUUUGUAUGUGAAUUUGUUGGUGAGGUAUUAGAUGAACAGGAAGCCAGCAGAAGACGCAAAAGGUGUAGAAAAGAAGAUUGUGAUUAUAUUUAUGACAUGGGUACCCACAUGAAGUACGUGAGAGAACUGACUGAAGUGGAAGCCAAGUAUUUCAUUGAUGCUACAAAAUUUGGAAAUGUUUCGCGGUUCGUGAAUCACAGCUGCUGUCCUAACCUUGAAAGUCAUGUUGUUCUUGUGGAAAGCAUGGAUUUUCAGCUUGCCCAUAUUGGUUUCUACGCAAAACAGGAUAUAGCUGCGGGGGAAGAACUUUGUUUUGACUUCUGCUAUGAGCUGCAGGCCGGAAACGAAUGCCCGUGCUUGUGCGGAGCUUCAACUUGUAGGGGUCGACUUCACUAAUAGUAUUAGUAUCAAUAUUUAGGCAGUCAAUAUUUACCAUUGAAGCCUGUUUUCAAGGGCCUUUGUAAUGGGGUGUUGUAGUUGCGCUACUAACUCUUUCAUUGACUUCGUCCAGUAGAGCUGAGCUAUGCCAUGUCUGGAGCCAUCUCCUUGUAAAUUGAUUGUUCCUUUCCCUCUUAUCUCGUUCGUGUCUUUGUAUAUGCCGUUCUCCAUUUCUAUUAUCCGAUUAGCUACAUUCCUUCUAGAGUUGACAUAGGAAUUUCAUAUUAUUAUCUUUAAAGAUAGUCUUUGAUUUCUUGUUCUA